AUGGCAAUAGAUCGAGCCGCCAAUGGGCUGUACCCAUACAAGCCAAACAGCACAAUGUGCAUCCCAGUGGCCAUCCUCUUUGGUGCAAGCGCAGGGUAUCACAUCUUCCAAAUGAUUCGAAAGAAGACAUGGUUCUACACACCUCUGGUCGUCGGAUCAGUCAUGAUGACACUUGGUUACAUUGCAAGAUACCUUUCCACCAAGAGCCCAAACUCUCUAAUGCCAUAUAUCGCCCAAUCGAUGUUCAUCAUCCUCCCACCUUCCCUGUAUGCCGCAACACUGUACAUGAUAUUUGGUCGUAUCGUUCUGCUGGUCGACAACCCAAAAGCCUCGAUCAUCCGACCAACUCGCGUCACCAAGAUAUUCGUGGGAGGAGAUGUGCUUGCCUUCUUGAUGCAGUCAGGAGGCGGCGGCAUGAUGGUGGUACAAUCCAUGGCAGCUAUGGGCCAAAACGUCAUGCUGGCCGGCCUAUUCGUCCAGCUGUUAUUCUUCGGCUUCUUCCUGGUAGUAUCCCUGAUAUUCUUCCAACGGAUGCGAGCCUCGCCAUUACGGCACACCGUCCCGACAUACGGCAAACAUACUUGGGCUGGUCUGCUCAACCUCCUAUUCGCAGCAGCAGCAUUGAUCAUCUUGAGAUGUAUAUUCAGGGCGAUCGAGUUUGGCCAGGGACAUGAUGGUGGAUAUUUGGCUAGCCAUGAGGUUUACAUGUAUCUUUUUGAUACAGCGCCUAUGUUUAUUGUUCAGGUUAUGUUUCACGUUGUUCAUGCGGGGGAUGUCUUCCCUCCGCAUUUUGGAAUGGGCAAGCUGGCAAAUGAUAGCAAGGAUGACAUCUACUUACAGAGUCGAGUGUAG